GUUGUUGCGUCAUCACAAUGCGCCAGCUGUAGAGGAUCACCUAAACACUCGAGACGCUUGUGUGGUUUACAAGCUUUAGGAAAGGUUUUUGACACUUAGAUGUCGGUUAUUCCUUGCUGCUUCCUCUUUCAGUUUGACGGAGAUGGUAUAUAUAUAUAGGUCCCACUUUAGACACUAAACCGAAUGGAAGAAGAGAGCAGUUGUGCAGAAGCCGUGUCCAAAGUGAACGCGGAUUUAUUGUCGCUCCUGCGCAUCGAUGUGGAGCUCGAGCCCUUGUGUGACCGAGAGGAGACCACGUGCUCUAAGAAUGUCCUGCGCAAGCAGCGGAACUGGGAGAGGAGACUGGAGGCGAAGAGAAGCAAAAGAAGAGAGGAGAAACUAAGAAAGAAGCUCAACAAACAAAAUAAAGAUAUGAAUGAGUUGCAGCUCAGUAAACGUGUCAUUAAAGCGAUUACCAAAGAGAGACUGAGGGAGGCCAGAGAAGCAGGACCUGGCCUGUGUGUUGAUCUCAGCAUGACUGACUGUCUCUCUGCCAAAGAAAUCAGCCGCCUUGCAUGUCAGAUCAGGCGCCUCUACGGAUGCAAUAAGAAAGCCUUGAAGCCUUUCCGCAUAUUUCUGACGGAGUUAAACGAGGGCAGUCUGCUGUAUAAAGAGUGUGUUCGGAUGAACGAUGGCUUCAUGAAUUAUUUGAUUGAUGUGACUGAGGAGAGCUGGUUUCAUCUGUUUCCCUCUGAAGAUGUGAUAUAUUUAACACCAGACGCAAGUGAAGCUUUAGAGUAUGUGGAGGAAGAUAAAGUCUACAUCCUUGGAGGUUUAGUGGAUGAAACCAUACAAAAGAAAAUAAGCUACACGAGGGCGAAAGAGCUCGGCGUUCCCACGGCGCGGCUGCCGAUUGAUGAGUACAUGGUGAAGAGACCAAACCCAAAAAAUUUCCACUCCAAAAUCCUAGCCAUUAAUCAAGUGUUUGAAAUCCUUCUGACAUUUCGGGACACUAGAGACUGGACUAAAGCUUUUGCGGCUGGAAUACCUCCAGGAAAAGGUUACAUGGUGGCAUCAGCGGCAUCUACAGACAGAAACACCCCGGAAGAGUUGUAGACACACACAGACUUUCCUUUUAUAGAGUUUAUAAGACUUUGAGCCUAUGAUAGUUUUAUGAACUCCUCUAUAUAUUACACAACUUCAUGUUUGACUGAAUGAAAAAUAUUGAAAAUACUUGACUGCAUCUUUUAUGUCACAUUUCUUUUAUUUUGAAAUUCUCUAAUUCAGUUGGGUUUUGGCACAGUCUAAAUACUGAGCUGACUGAUAUUUUGUCAGCAAUAAAGCGCCACUGGUUUAAACUGAUAUAUGCAAGGAUCACAUUACAAGUAAA